AUGACAGCGGUUUUCUUGUUUACAACAUUUCACCUGAAGGUUCGCGAAAUUCUCUUGAAAAAUACAAUGUCUAGCGGUGUAAAAGCCGUUAGACCAAUCUUGUCGAGAAAUCAUGCAGAAGCUCGAAGACGUGUCAUCAGUUUAUAUCGUGCUUGGUAUAGACAGUUACCAUUUAUACCAAAGGAAUAUGCUCAGACGAAUGCAAAUAUUACAGUACCGAUUCUGCGUGAGAGAUUAAGAAAAGAGUUUAAUAAAAAUAAGGAUAUCAAAGAUCUACGUGUAAUUGAUUUAUUAAUCCAUAAAUGGCAGAAUGAACUUAUUGAAGUGGCACAUAUUUGGAAGUCGGAUACACAUGUGAUGGAUUAUUUCAGAGAAGAUAACCUCCCAGAAAAACCUAAAGAUUUCUUGGACAGAUUUUUAAGUGGGAAAUCAUAG